AUGGUCGAUAUGUGUGUCAAAGCCAAGAAUUGCAGUUUUACGUUCCGCAAUCUUAGUCUCCUUGAAUUGCAAGUUGAACAACAUUGUACCAGGAGAAGCUGCUGGAUAAUCAUUGACCAAACUGUCUAUGAUAUUACAGACUUCCUGGACGAACAUCCAGGAGGAGCAAGCAUUCUACUUCAAUAUGCUGGAAAUGACGCAACUAAAGCAUUUCAGUCGAUUCAUGAAGCCGAUAUUCUUACCCGACACCUUGAUCAAGCACAAAUCCUAGGCCCAGUCUCGACGGCCCUUGAGGAAAAGAAGCCCGAACUUGCGGCCGUGUCAGAGACGAGAGUGCGGCUCUCCUCCGUCAUUAGCAUUCUAGAUUUUGAAUACGCGGCAUCGCAAAAUCUUCCUCCUGCUGCUUUUGCUUUUCUUAAAUCGGGCUCCGAAGACGAACAUGCGGCCAAAUGGAACCGAGAUUCGUGGAAAACGAUCCGUUUCCGUCCGCGUGUACUCCGACCAAUCGACGGAAUUGACAUAUCGCGGUGUAUUCUAGGAACCAAGUUCGCUGCGCCUUUUUUCAUUUGCCCAGCUGGAGGUGCCAAGCUUGCUCAUCCUCAGGCUGAUUUGUGUCUGACUAUGGCUGCUGGUCGACAUCACAUCUUGCACUGGGUAUGCAACAACAGUCACAUGUCUCAGAAAGAUAUGAGCGAUGCACGUGCACCUGACCAGACCACAUUCUGGCAAAUUUAUGCAAGGUCGGACCUUGAUACUACGACUCAAGAAGUCAAACAGGCGAUCAAUUUGGGAUAUAAGGGGUUUGCGCUGACUGUGGAUGCUGUUCGUGCCGGGAAGCGAGAGCGUGACUUACGAGUGACCUUAGCUCAGCGUGAACAAGACGGUAUCAGAGUCAAUGAUGAUGACGAGGAAGACGACAACUUUGCUAGAGAGCCUUCAGUGGGGCGACCCGCGGUGCACCCCGGUUUUGACUGGGUUUCUGCUAUGAAAUGGCUUCGAGGUAUGACUGAUCUGCCUAUUGCUAUCAAGGGAAUCCAGUGCUGGGAAGAUGCGGUAUUGUGCAUGGAAUAUGGCGCUCAUCCGUGGCUUUCAAAUCACGGAGGCCGCCAGCUAGAUUCCGCUCCUUCGGCGGUGGAGACACUAGUCUCUAUACGCCAACACUGCCCAGAAGUCUUUGACAAGUGCGAGGUUAUUGUCGAUGGCGGUAUCACCCGCGGUUCCGAUAUUGUUAAAGCCCUUGCGCUCGGUGCCAAGGGCGUCGGGCUGGGCAGGCCGUUUCUCUAUUCCGCAGCCUUUGGCGGAGCAGGCGUCAGCAAGGCAAUACGCAUCUUAAAAAAUGAGGUUGAGACAACAAUGGCCUUACUGGGCAUAACUUCGCUCAAUCAACUGAAUCCUUCCUAUUUUCACGCUGACUUGAAGGCAUACAGGUUGAUAUCUCCUCCAUCCCACUUGGCUUUGCGAGAUCAGUGCUAUAGACAUUUGGUAGUGAGAUUAAAGCCUUGUUUUAAUUACAGGACUAAGCGGUUUGAGUGUCGCUUUUGA